GAAUUUUACAAGCAUGAAUGCCUGCUGGCCAGGAAGCUGCCAUGAUUCCCACGUUUUCAGGAUGUCCAACGUUGGCAGACAUUUAGAAGCAAAUCAUCAAGAUCCUGGACGUGGUUGGCUGUUGGGAGACAGUGGCUAUCCCUGUCGACCAUUCCUAAUGACACCCAUAUUGCAUCCAAGAAAUGAAGCCGAGGAACGGUACAACCAAGCACACAUAAGCACGCGAAACAUUAUAGAGAGGUGCUUUGGUGUAUGGAAGAGGACCUUUCAUAUAUUGCAUGUGGAGAUUCGAAUGAAGCCUGCAAAGGUGACGCGGAUAGUGUUGGCCUGCGCUGUGCUGCACAACAUGAGACGGAUGUGGGGGGAACCGAACCCGGAUGUUCAAGACGACCUUGACGAACAACCGGACGUACAGAACUUUUACGGACCAAUGGACGGACGUGGUGUUAGGAAUAGACUGAUUGAACAGUAUUUUGUUUAAGUAUUUUUUCCACUAUGUUUUUCAUGUUGAAUGUAACAGUGCUACAUUUAUAAUAAUUUCAUUCUUCUUGUUAUCUCCCUGCAACCCGAAGGCGGAGGGAUAUAGUUUUAGCGUUGUUCGUCUGUCUGUCUGUCAUAAACAUGUCAGGCGUGGGUGUAUACCAUGAACAAGAACCAUAACCCUUAACGUUCUAAAAUAAAGAGUUAUUGCCCUUUGUUGUUUAUAUGGUGUAACUUUUUAGGGCUAUAUCUAAGAUACGAUAAAAGAUUUCUACAUAAAAAAAGACAUGAGUGUAUAGAUAUCAGUGUGGAGAAUUGCAAUGCAAUAUUAUUGCAAUUAUUUUCACUGAUAUCUAUAGCCCUGCACUGUGUUACUUUACAGUUACUGCCCUGUUCUUUAUUUGGCGCGUAUCGGCGGGUGAUAUCAAUUCAAGGAAUUGCUUGUUUCAUUUAUGAAAUUUAUCUUAAAAAUUACUAAUUGAUAUUCUGAUUUCUUUUUGAAA